GUCAUGUUAACACGACUGCAUAUUGAAAUAUUCACAUCGUAUUGAAUCUAUCCCUAGCUUAUUCUUAUUGCAGUCUAUUUCUACGCAUAUGUAUUUAUGGGUUUUGUUAAUAAAUAGAGCUUUAAUUGCAGAUGUAUGUUGAAUAGCAUACUCGAGUGACACAAUAUACAAAACGAAAUGAAAAUGUGUGAAUUGAUAUAGUUGUAACUUGUGAUUGGAAAAUAAAGGUUACGUUGUAAAAAUGGGAUCCAUGCGACCGACUGGACGGUUCCUCACGUUUGCUAAUAACAUUCAGAGGACACAGAAGCAAACUGUGCCAAGUGGAUUUCCUCAAAGUCUAUCUGGCAGUGAGACAGAUGUGUCAACAUCAAAUGAAAACUUAUCACGAGAGGAGAGGUACGUUGUGCGCCACACCGCACGGGUCGAGCCACAGGGACAGGAGAACCAUAGCCAGGCUAAUAACAAUAACAAUAGGAACUCACUCAAGGAUAGUGUAUCGGGCAGCAAUCGCAAUUCACUCAAAGACUCAGUAGGAGGUGGCAACAGCAACCGGAGCUCCUUAGAUGUCUCCUCUUCUUCAUACAACACUCUCAUCAUCCACAAUCAGGAUGAUUCCUGGUCAUCGCGACCAACACCUAUUCGAGAACACGAACGAACAAACAGUGAAGUAAAACAUUCAAACACACAGUCAUCGCCGUACCACACACUGAAGAAAGAAAGUGUGAAGAAACCCAGCGGCAUUCCCCUUCCGAAGAUGCAUAAAGAGCAAACAGUUACAACCAAUGCUAACUAUAUAGACAUUGGUGGACAGAGGAUAUACACCAGCCCUCCGGAUCACGGAGUCCAGGAAAUCACCGAAAUCCCCGACGACUUCCUCAACCAGUCAUCAGUAUUGAAACACCUCGCAAAGGAGGUAGCGCAGUCGCCCACGCCGCGCGGGCCCACUCCGCCCGCCUCGCCCCGCUCCCCCCACUCCCCGCACUCGCCCCACUCCAACAGAACGCCCUCCAAGCCCAGGGAGGAGAGGAAGGGCAAAGGUUCCAAGGCCAAACUCAGCAAAGAGAAGCUUAACCUGUCGAGAUCGCAACCUGAUUUAACGAGCGUGGGCGUGCGUGCGGUGCCCGGUGGCUCGGAGUCGAGCGGCUGGUGCAGCGGAGGCGAAGGCUCUUUAGAGGAACCCGACGACGCCUUCACAGCGGUACUGGAUUCCUUGGCCGCUGAGAACCAUCAGCUCAAGCGCCAGCUGGCUGAUGCUUGCGAGAGAGUUGCUAAGACUAAUAAGUUAGAGGAGGAAGUGGAAAAAGUUCGAACAGCACACGAGGAGCUAGUGGGGUCGUGUGAGCGACGCGAGCGGCUCGAGUGCGCCGCGAGGGUGAGGCUGCAGGCGGACUGUCGACGGCUACACGAACUGAACAGGGCGCUCAAACAACAGGUGGAGCUGCUGUCGCAGGGCGUGCGCGCGGAGGGCGACGCCAACAGCGAGGCGCUCCGCAAAGAGCUGCAGAACAGGGAGAUGCUCAUCGCGCAACUCAUUACUCAGAAUAAAGAGUUGGCGUGUGCGAAAGAGAGGCAAGAGAUCGAAAUGGCGGCGCAGCGGGCAACACUUCAGGAGCAACGCACGCACAUAGACAUUCUCGACACCGCGCUAACCAACGCGCAAGCCAACGUCGUGCGAUUGGAAGAUGAGUGCCGGCACGCGAGCGGGUACGUGGAGCGCGUGCUGGGCCUGCAGCGCGCGCUGGGCUCGCUGCAGCAAGCCUCUGAUCGACGCGAGCACACCGAGCGGAAACUGCGCGCGCAGCUCGAGACUGAGUUGCAAGCGUUAAGGAAGCGCGAGUGCGCGUGUGGUGGCGUGUCCAACAACUCGGGUGGGAAUGCGGGAGGCGAGGCGGGCGCGGAGGAACUCAAGCGAGCCUUGAGGGAGAGGGAUGAGCGGCUGCUGGCGCUGGAGGGAGAGUGUGCCAAGUGGGAGCAGCGGUACCUCGAGGAGGCUGCACUACGUCAGGCCGCCGUCUCCGCCGCCUCCAUACCCAAAGACGUGAAGAUCGCGGCGUUGGAGAAAACGUCAGCGGACGCGGAACGGCUGAUGGCGGAGGCGCGCAGCGAGAAGAUACGACACAUGGAUGAGCUUCACCUCGCGCAGAAGAAGGUGGCUGACCUCGAGAGCAGAGUCAAAGAGCUGGAGUCGAAAGUGGCGGAACGGGAUGCGAUGAUAAAGGUGCUCCAGAAGCACACGAGCGGCGCCUCGCUGCGGAACAACACUAGUCGAGAGGAGCUCGGCAACCAGUACCUGAGUAAUGUGGGCCUGUCGUCCGGCACGUCGUUCUCCAGCGCAGAGGGCGUGGGAGCCGGCAGCGCGGUGGCGAGCCGCUACAGACACCUCGCGCGACGGAACUAUUCGCCUCACAACGAUAACGCUAGUGGCUGCGGAUUCGACAGUUCGUCGUUACGCCUGGAGGAGCAGCUGGCGGCGCUGGAGUCGCGGCUGGAGCGGCCGCCCGUGCCCGCCCGCGGGCUAUGCUGCUUCCCCGGGCUGGGCACGGUGGGCGCGCGAGGGAACGGACGCGGUGAAGAAGCCCUGUUGUUAGAGAGGCAAGGAAGAGCGUCGCAACAGACGCGUUCCUCCUCCCUACCACCACCACCCUCGGCCUUGCCGCGACCUCCGCGCAAGCCCUCUGCGAGGACUACUAGAUACGACCGCUUAGAGCACAGAGACGCGCGUAAGGAUUCCGACGGAUCCGGCUCAAUAGCCUCCACGGCGUCCCGAAGCUCCCCUCUGCCAUAUGACACAGUGACUCAACGCAAGCUACCCUCAGUGCCAACGUCAGCGUCCUUGCCUGCGGCGGAAUCGCGCGAAUCGCUCGUGCGACCGCGCGACUCCAGUCUGCCUUCGCCGUCUAAACUGGCAGUGUACGCGGCCGCGCGAAGACGAUCUGCGGAAUCAGCCAAAGACAGCAAUAAGCGUGGGCAUCAGUAUCGCAUACAGUUUUAGAACCAUGGGCGUUUUUCUUGGGUCAUAUUUGUUUAAGACAUUGAAAUCGUAAGCCGUAGCGCACUCUACUGAAAUUAAUAGAGCGUUAUUUGACGACACAAUUUUUUUCGUUUUAACUAAAACUUUAUUUUGAGCAAAGUCAAGGUAUGCUUAAUAAAUGGUAAAGUCGUUAAUUCCUGACUUCAAACCUAACAGUUCUUUUAUGAAGAGGUGCCUUGAGAUCUCAAGUGUAUUUAGAUGUAUUAAUAAAAUAAGGGCUCGAAAGUCGGUAAUUCUAAAAAUUACUUAUUGAAUUGCUCAGAAAACUGAUUUCUUGCUAAAAUUUAGCAUACCAAACAUUUGAUCAUUAUUUAUACGUGCCCUUUCAUAUUUUCGUCAUAUAUUUGACGGGCAAGUUUUAGCAGUGUAUCUUAGGUAGAAAUCUAUAGAGCGUGCUUUGACUUUGCUUAGACU